GGGGGGAGACGGGGAGGGGGGAAAAGAGCCGGGCAAACCUGGCCUCCCUCUCCUGUUGUUCUCCCCCGACGUCUCAGCCCAGGCUGGGCAGCCUCGGGGCUGGAACGCGAGGAAGGCAAGGCCGCGCGCGCGCUCCGGUCCAAAGGGGGGGGGGGGGAGCGCUCUUCAGCCAAGCUGCUUUGGCAGUAAGACAUGCGCAUUGCGGAGCGCCCUCUCACCCCGCUCAGUUAUGCCAAGUAUGUGAGCCCGAGUUGCUGCUGCAGCAGCAGCAGCGGCGGUAAAGAGCGAGAGGCGCCCGAGGACCAGCUAGAGAAGAUCAUGGCGCGCUCUAGUCAGCUGCGCUCCAAGCUGUUGCGCUCGCCGUUGCUACCGCCGUCGCCUCCGCUUUGCUCAAGGCGCCGCCAAGCAGCGGCACCCCGAUUGCGCUCGACAGCAGCCAACUGAAGGAGGCGACCAGGCAUGGCUGACCCUCUGCGCAGGACUUUCUCCAGGCUGCGAAGUAGGAGGUCGCAGCGAGUAGCCACAGAAGCCGCUGCCCGCGGGAACCCCAGCGAGAGAGGCGGCAGGGGCGUCGGAGCCCUUGGAGGGAAAACCCAGCAGAACCUGCACCUCCAUCACCCCUGCCUGGAAAACGGAGUGGCGACCGAAGCGUGUCCCGGGUUGGGAAGCCAGGUGGGCGGUUGUGAAGUGCUCCUCGUGUCCCCGUUGGAAGGGCCGGCCUUGCGGGAGUCGGCUGCCUGGUCCCGGUGGGGAAAGGCGGAGAUGCCCGGAGAAAGGUUGCCGGGAGCCGCUGUGGCCCGCGCUUGCCCUCCGAGAAAGCGCGCGGAAGGCAGGGCGCUGCAGCAGCCGAGCCCCCCGGAGCUCCGCGCGCCUCCGCCGGCCGCCGAGCUCUGCUUCUCCUCGUCCUCCUUUUUCCCGAGGGGUUCGGAACCUGCACCGGCCCUGGAGUGCGGUGGCGGGAGCGAAGAAGACGACUAUUACGAUAACCAGAGGCUGCCUGGCUGGGGCUGCCAAGGAACGACCCGAACGGCCGAAGAAGCAACGCGGGGAAACAAGGAAGGCAACGCGGCCCCCUGUCCGGGUGCUGGCGGAGGCAGCAGGGCCAGAGCGAGAGAAAGCACCGGCAAACUGCGAAGCCAACUCCAGGAGGCCUAUUACCUGUUGAUCCACGCCAUGCACGACCUUCCUCCGGCCAGCCCCACUGCUGGAGGACCCUCACCCCAGCCCGCCAGCCAUCUGCCCGCCUCUGAGGACGCUGCAGGGAGUGAUGAUUUACGCUGGUCUUUCACCUGUGCCGAGGGAUGCUCCCCAUUGCAAAGAUCCGAUCCCAGUGCCCAAGGCUCAGCCAAGAAUCCCAUCUGGCGCCAGGGCAUCAGCAAGAGUCUGGAGAGCCUCUGCUUUACCCAGCCUUCCGCUUACAAGCUGCUGCUCCUGCGGAGAUGUCGGAGCGAAGGUGCGCUCCAAUCUCUGUUUCAAGAGCCACUGGAGCCCCGUGGCCAGCUGCUGCUCAAACCUCAGGAACUUGGCACCAGCCAGGAAACCUGCUUCCUGGCAGCUGCCACACAUGGCUCUGGUGACAGCGGCUGUGAGAAGACCCUCAGCGGCCAAGGCCUUGGUGAAGCACAUCCCUCGGGACUCCAGGAAGACUUGGGGGAGCUGUUAGCCCCUGAGCUGUAUGGAGCCCAGGGCAAAAUGUUGGAUCCAGUAAGAGCAACCAGGUGUAGUCAUGAGGGAAGACCCCAGCAGCCCCCAGAAAAUUCCUCUCCGGGCCCCUUCAAGCCACCUGCCAUGACUGUUCGGAAGCUGCAGAAGUGGAUGUACAAAGGACGCCUGCUCUCCUUGGGCAUGAAAGGCCGGGGUGGGACAGCUGGGAUGUCCCCCCCAUCUUCCCACACCAAAGUCACUGGGAGUUGCAGGCCACUUCUUGGCAGAGGAGAGGGGCUCACACUUUCGCCCCCUGCUCACUUGAAUGGUCCAGGGUCCAAGGCCCGAGUAUCCCCUUCAGACCAAAGAAUCUUGCUAACAGAGCUGAUCGAAAAUGUUUACAUACCUUCUGUGAGCAGAAGAGAACUUAAGAACUUGAAAUCCAGUGAAGUUUCUGAGUGCAGGCCUCAGAUUGCUAGCAUUACUGUGUCCAAGAAGCGGAACUGGUUGCAUCAAAGUUCUCGGAGAGUACCUAGUUUGGAAAAAGGAAACUCUUACAAGAAAUUUUCAGGAGAAAAUUACCAGGUACUGAAAUCUUCCAGUCCUUUCUUUGAGCCAAAAAUGCCUCAGACUUUUUCCAAAUUUCUAGGACAGGAAAGCCCUAGAGGAAGAGUUAGUUCUGCACAUGCUGCUGAGAAUGGAACAAGAUCUUUGGCACUACAAAACUGUACUUUAGAUUUUGGUGAAGAUAAUGAUGCAGAUGAUGAAGGAGAAAUAUGGUACAAUCCUAUCCCUGAAGAUGAUGAGCCUGAGUUCCCUUGUUUUCUAAGUGGCCAUAAUAAUCAUUUGGACCCCCAAGCCUUGAAUUUUAAAAUAGCAUCUGGGAAUGAUUUAAUCAAAGUCAUAGGGCAUAAUGAAGGCCUUCCUCAAUUUUUAGACUGUUCUGGAAAUGGUCAGCCUAGAGAAACAAGUCAAAUAGAUAAUGUGCAUUCAGUGGAAUAUUUGCAAACACAAAAGCCAAAGCCUCUAUGCAAUACUCUGACUGGGUCUGCAGUGGAUGAAGGUCUUCUUAAAGCUACUACAGGAGGUCCUGGAAUCAUGUCUGCAAGCAAGGCAGAGACAGGAACAGCAGAAUAUUCUCCUCCAAGCCCAAACCCAUUGAAAAAAGGUGGCUCGAUAAACUGGCCUUUCCCUGAUAAAAUAAAAUCCCCAAGAACAGUCAGGAAACUUUCCAUGAAGAUGAAAAAAUUGCCUGAACUCAGCAGGAAGCUCAGUGUCAAAGGAAAUUCAAGCCAUAAUAGCUCAGACAAUUCUUUGUUGCUUAAAAAUAAUUGCCAGGAGGUAGGCCAUGCACCGUUAGCUUCUUCUGGGAAUGUAACAGCAGCUGCUAGCAGGAAUGUUAUAAGCCGGUAUCAUCUUGAUAGCAGUGUAUCCUCUCAACACAGCUAUAAAAAGAAAAACAGGGGGACUUCCAAAUCCUCCAGCAAAGGGGGCUACCUCAGCGAUGGAGACUCUCCUGAGCUUAUAGCGAAAUCAGGGAAAUACGGAGCUGAAAGCAGAGUUGGGAAAGGAAAGGAAGUAUUUGCAGGUAACAUGGGUAAUAAAUCAGAAAUAGACAUUGAUGCUUUUCGACACUACACUUUUGCUGACCAACCCAAAUGUUCCCAGUACAUAUCUGGACUCAUGAGCAUUCACUUCUAUGGUGCAGAGGAUCUGAAACCACCGCGGAUGGACUCAAAAGAUGUCUUCUGUGCAAUUCAGGUGGAUUCAGUAAAUAAAGCAAGGACCGCUUUGCUGACUUGCAGAACAACAUUUUUGGACAUGGAUCACACUUUCAACAUAGAGAUAGAAAAUGCUCAGCAUCUAAAAUUAGUGGUUUUCAGCUGGGAGCCCAUGCCAAGGAAAAACCGGGUCUGCUGCCAUGGUACGGUAGUUCUUCCUGCUCUUUUUCGUGUGACGAGGACUCAUCAGUUGGCAGUAAAACUGGAGCCUAGAGGUCUUAUCUAUGUCAAGCUAACUCUUCUGGAACAGUGGGAGAAUUCUCUUGGUGGAACAGAUGGAGAACGAGAACCGAUACUCUUCGGAGUUGAUGCUCGGAAGGUUGUUGAGAAGGAAAAUGAAGGUUUGAUGGUCCCUCUCUUGAUGAAAAAGUGCAUUACGGAGAUUGAAAAGAGAGGUUGCCAGGUUGUAGGGCUCUACCGUUUAUGUGGGUCGGCAGCUGUGAAGAAAGAACUCCGAGAGGCAUUUGAGAAGGAUAGCAAAGCAGUUACUCUAUGUGAAACUCAGUACCCAGAUAUAAAUGUGAUAACAGGUAUCCUCAAAGAUUAUUUAAGGGAGUUGCCUUCUCCAUUGAUAACUAAACAACUUUAUGAAGCAGUAUUGGAUGCCAUGGUAAAAAGACCUUUGAAAAUGACAGCAAAUGGAUGUGAAAAUGAUUGUAAUGAUUCAGAAUAUACAAUGGCUCUCUUGGAUUGCCUGCCAGAAGUGGAGAAAGCUACUCUAAAGAUGCUCUUGGACCAUCUGAAACGGGUGGCUUCAUACCAUGAAGUAAACAGAAUGACUUGCCAGAAUUUAGCUGUGUGUUUUGGGCCUGUAUUACUUAGUCAGUGGCAGGAAACUACCAGCCACAACAACAGAGUGUUCACUGAUUCAGAAGAGCUGGCCAGUGCCUUGGAUUUCAAGAAACAUAUAGAAGUUUUACAUUAUCUGCUCCAGUUGUGGCCAGUGCAACAUCCAUCAACUGAAGAGUCAGCCUUGCUGGAGCAGCAGUCCUCUGUGAACUAUCUGAGGCCUAAGAAACAGCGGCCGCAAAUGUUAAAUUUAAGCGAAGUCUCUGGGAUCUUGCGAUCCAGGCCAGCCAGACUGGACAGCCCGUCAAGCAACCGCUAUGCAGGAGACUGGACUGCUUGUGGAGAGAACUACUUUGUCGGUCCCAAAGAAGCUCUGAGCGAAGCAGACUAUGAUGACGUCCCUUCAGAAGAGGCAGAAAGUGGGGACGAUGGCAGCCAAGCGGAUUCUUCCAGAACGCUGCUUCGGCGCCCCAUUUGUGUGUCCAAAGAACGUACCUUUCAGGCCUAUCUAACAAUGCAAACAAUGGAUUCUGCAGUGAACCAUCAAGUUAACCUUAAAAACUUGCAAGAAAGCAUUGAUACCCUGAUAGGAAACCUGGAACGGGAACUCAAUAAAAACAAGCUCAAUAUGAGUUGUUGAUCACUUUGCUUUGCCAUGUCUCCAGUUUUAUAUGUCCCUUCUGUUGUAUUCCACCAGGAGAGUAUAAGGAAAAGGAUUGUGUUUUGGAUUGGGGGGGGGGGGGGUUGCUGAUCUGUAUUAUAAUUGCAUUGGGCAAUGUUGGAGAUUUGGUCUUUCUCCACCAUUUGAAAACUUGUUCCUUUUUAUAAAACAAUUCUGCAAUAUUCCUUGUCAAGGUACUAUGCACUUAGGAAAUUUGAACAGUUUAUCAAAGAUAUAUAAUGCCUCAUUUCUAUCUUUGUUAUACUGGAACAGUACACUUUGUUCCUGAAACCUUAGCCCUGGUACAGAUGUUCUCUCAGAAGAGAGAAGAUUAAUGUUGCUACUUUAAGUGAUAACAUGCGGCACAAUGUUCUAUUAUUUUGACACAUUUUCACUUGCAACGCAAAGGCUGCUAUGUGGGGGGGAGAAGCUUUUUGAUAGUUCAGUUGUAUGAAUAUUGAUGUAUUCCUAUAGUAACACUUUCAAGCAACUAUUUAAAACUUGCAAAAAAUAUUUUUCUAACUUUUGUCUUGUAGAUAUUUAUAUGUGAAAAAGGUACGCUUCAUUGCGCAGGAUAAGAGUUUCUUCUCUCUCCUCCAACCUGGUGCUCUGAACUUACGUUAAACUACGGUUCUUUAAUUUCCCAGCAUAAUGGUGAUGAUGGUGGUGUGUGUGUGUGCGUGAGAGAGAGAGAGGCAGGCAGGCAGGCAGACACCAAAAGGUGGGGGUAGAUUAGCAUAGGAAAUAUCAUUUCUUCUUAGAGACCAAGACCUGCCACUGCAUUAGGUGAUUGUGUAAAAUGAGAUGAUUGUGCACUACUUCUACAGUUUGUUCACCCUUUCUCCCCUGCUGAUGCGGGAGGUUAGUAUUUUUUAUGCCCUACUGGAGAUGUUAUACAUGACAGCACUGUAGAAAUUAAUAGGUGUAGCUCAGGGUUGAAUUGGGGAGUCCUUGGUGCUUCCUUGGCUGUUUGUUUGCAAAUGUUCAUCCAGCUAAGAAGCAUCAGCAUUUUAAUGGGUAAUGAAACAUCUGCAAGCAAACAGCCGUGCUCAGAUAGCACCAAGGGCUCCACAGGACAGUCCUGUGUCCAUCUGGCCCACUCUAGAUCUGACUAAAGAGAGCUGAAGAGAGACUUGCCCGUUGUGUUGUCAACAAUCACACAUAAGCAGUUGUGGGAUAUCCUGGACAAGAAAGUAGUUGGACACUGAGAUAUUUGAAAGUUGGAACUAAAAGCAUACAAAUUAAGAUAUCCAUGAUAACAAAUUAUCUAGACACAAUGGCCUGUUUGUCACACCUUGCUGAAAUUCUGUUUGUGAAACUAAAAACAUGUUUCUAGAGAUGCUUUGAGACUUGAUUGCUUGAUAGAGACCCUAGCA